AAGGAAGAGGGAGAGAAACGGGCUGUAGUAGCCAAAGUGGCUAGCUAGCAAAAAAAAAGAGGAAGAGAGAAAUGGAGCUGUCAUGAAACUUUAAGGAAUGUUUCUCUCAUCAAAAGGGCAAAUACAGCUGAGGAGAAAACAGCCUCGGCUCUUCACCUGCAUAAGAUGAUGACAGACCAUGAGCAGUGGGUGUUUAUGCAGUGAAAAAGAUCUUGUUAGUACGAGGGAGCUGUUACUGAAUUAGCUUAGCAGCUAGCAGUCUAUUAUUAGCACGCUAAUGCUAAAUGCAACCCUCGUCGUCAGAUUUACAGACACUUUCGACCCAGAUCCAUCUUUAUGAAACGAGAGAGGGGGAUUAAACUCUGUUUUGAGUGAUGCGAAGGCUUUGGCGUUCACAUGAUUGACAUUUCCCAGUCGAAUGGCCAGACUCUGCGGUUAGCAUCCUUCGGUCAGCAUAUAGGACCGUCCCAUGCCCUCACCUGAACGGGUGUACAAGGAUGAAGAAGAUCAGUCUGAAGACGAUCAGAAAAUCACUUAACAUAAAGGGCAAAGAAGAUGGGGAUUUCGUCAUGCUCCAGCAGCCGUCUUUAGCGGCCGAGUUCACCAAGGAUGACUCUCUCUUCGGAGGCUGUUACACCAAAGGGCUGGUAGGUUGCGAUCUUAAUGGGGAGGAUGAGAAGGGUCAUAAGAACCGAUCGAAGAGCGAGAGUCUUAUGGGCACUCUAAAGAGGAGACUUUCCACCAAACAGAAGGCAAAAGUCAAAGGAGGCUCCACCGCAGUGGGCUCUGGAGAUGAUGACGACACCUUCUCUUCCUCGUCGGUCCCGAUAAGCUUUAAUGAAGUCAAAGCCCAGCGGCCCUUAAGAUCAUCGUCACUCCGAAGCCAUCAUUACAGCCCUUCUCCGUGGCCUUUCCGGCCCGUUGGAUCCGAAGAGGCUUGCAUCAAGAUGGAGGUGAAGGUCAAAGCUAUGGUCCACUCCCCCAAUCCCAGUCCCUCCCUCAAUGGCAUCCGAAAGGAGUUCCAUGACAUCCAGUUAGAAGGUCUGUUCCAGGAUCAGAGCGAGUCUCUGAAGGACAUGGAGACUCAGAGUGGCAACUUGCAUUUGAACAUUGAGGAUCACGUGCCUAUUGGACUCACACCUCAGGACUACAUCCAGUACACAAUGCCUUUAGAUGAGGGAAUGUACCCAGAUUCGUCCCAGUCCUUCUGCUUGGAUGGUCCCUCGCCAAUGGAAGUGGUCGAUCAGGUCGAAUCUAGCUCGUUGCACGUGGAUCACGGCCCGGACGACCACGAUCUCAUGCCGUCGGACAUUCUCAUGGAGCAGGCGGUGAACGGACACCUUCCUGGUACUCCGGCGAUGGUCCUGUCCAACUCCAGAGCUGACACACCUUUAUUUUCUCCCUCCCUGUCGCCUCUUUCCAACAACGAUAUUCCAAGGACCCUCUCCGGGUUCAGUGGUGCAGACUCUCAUGUUGUGGAGAGAGUGAGGCACCACCUGAACUUCGACCCCAAUUCCGCUCCCGGUGUUAGCAGGGUGUACGACUCUUUCCAAAGCAGCGGGCCCAUGGUUGUAACAAGCCUUACGGAGGAACUUAAAAAACUGGCCAAGCAGGGUUGGUACUGGGGACCUAUAACUCGAUGGGAGGCUGAGGAGAAGCUCAUCAACCUUCCAGACGGCUCUUUUUUGGUGAGGGACAGUUCAGACGAUCGUUAUCUCCUCAGCCUGAGCUUUCGGUCACAGGGAAAGACGCUUCACACCAGGAUCGAGCACUCGAACGGCAGAUUCAGCUUUUACGAGCAGCCCGACGUCGAAGGUCACACUUCCAUCGUAGAUCUCAUCGAGCACUCUAUAAAAGACUCUGAAAACGGCGCGUUCUGUUACUCCAGAUCCCGUCUGCCGGGGUCCGCCACGUACCCCGUUCGGUUGACCAAUCCCGUCUCGCGGUUCAUGCAAGUCCGUUCGCUGCAAUAUCUUUGCCGCUUUGUCAUCCGACAGUACACGCGGAUAGAUUUGAUUCAGAAACUGCCUUUACCAAACAAAAUGAAAGAUUAUUUGCAGGAGAAGCACUACUGAACGGACUGUAGUGGGAUACGGUAGUAAAUUGCACUUUUUGUUGAGUGGCGUGUUCUUAAAACAGUUUACAUAUAUGGAGGUCAGGUGAUCAGUUGCGUAGGUUGACUAUCCGAUCUUCCCACAGAAAUAUGCGGUUAAUUUGUUGUUGCUCAGAUUCAGUGUUUUACAAGAGAGCAACGUGGUAAGACCAGAAACCAUUUAGGAUUGGGAUGCCAUGUCUAAUACGCAUAUUUGUAUUGGUUAUGUUUAGUAUUAUUGUUGAUACUGUUAAUCAAAGCUUGGAUUUGAGAAUUUGAUGUUGCAUUAAUGUGCAUCAUUCAUCAAUAGUUUUGCUGUAGCGUAAAGGUGUGGUCACAUUGGUAAAAUUUUGUGAGCAAAAGAGGUCUAUUUUCAGUAGUGUAGCCAUGUAUGCAGUCCCCAAAGUCACUUUCAAACCAAGCAUCUGUCUGUUAGUCAAUGUGGGGAAUCUGUUGCGAAAUCUGCGUGAGGAAAUCUUUCGCAAACUCCAACUGGCAUUCACAGAAACUGGUGAACAAUGCCGCGAAAUGUUGCAAAUACUGUUAUCAAAACUUGGAUUUGAGGAUUGGGUGUUGCAUUAAUGUGCAAUUUGCAUGAAAUUCCCAAUCGUGUGGGUUCCUAUUGAAAUGACUUUGUUUUUCGCUCAUGAAAAUUCACUGAACAGUGAUGAAUGUGUGGAAGCAUUUUUCUGCCACUGUAUAAAAGGAAAAUUGUGGUGUAAUUGUGACACUUUAUCUCAGACUUCUGAGUUUUUCCUCAGAAUUGCGAGAUAUAAACUGGUAAUAUGGAGAAAUUAAUUCAGAAUUGCGAGAUACAAACUCAAUACAAUUCAGAUACUAUUGCAAUUCUGACUUUCUCGCAAAUGUGAGUUUAUAUGAAGUAAAAAUUGCAACAUAUAAACUCGGAAUUGCGAGGAAAAAUGUCAGAAUUGCGUGAUACAGAGUUGUAUUUGCAAUUGCGAUCAUGCGAUUCUAAGAAAACAAUCAAAAUUGUGGGUUUAUAUCUCACAAUUCUUCCUUUAUAAUUCACAAAUUGUGAGUUUAUGUCAUGCAAUUAUAAGAAAAAUGUCAGUAUUGUGAGUUUGCAUCUCACAGUUCUGAGAAAAAAGUUGGAAUUGUCUGAAAAAAAAAAUUGUCUUUGCAAUCAUGCAGUUCUAAGAAAAAAGUCAGAAUUGCAAGUUAUCUAACAAUUCUGACUUUCUGAUUCGCAAUUGUGAGUUUAUAUGAUGCAAUUCUGUGAAAAAAAAAAAAAAGUCAGAAUUGUGUGAUAUAAACUAACAAUUGCAAGAAAGAAAGUCAGGAUUACAAGAUAUAAACUCGCAAUUCCGAGAAAUAAAGUCAGAAUUGCAAGAUACAGACUUGUAAAAGUAAGAAUUGAGAAAUAAACUCGGAAUUGCGAGGAAAAAGUGAGAAUUGCAAGUUAUCUCACAGUUCUGACUUUAUAACUCGCAAUUAGGAGUUUAUAUCAUGCAAUUCUAAGAAAAACAUCAGUAUUGUGAGGUUAUUUCACAAUGCAACAAUGUGACAAAAGUCAGAAUUGUGAAAUAUAAACUCGGAAUUGCGAGAAAAAGUCAGAAUUGGAAGUUUUUAUCUCAGUUCUGACUUUAUAACUCCCAACUGCGAGUUUAUAUCAUGCAAUUCUAAGAAAAACGACGUCAGAAUUGUGAGUUUAUAUCUCAAUUCUGAGAAAAAAGUAAGAAUUGCACAAAAAAAAGUCAGCAAUUGAGAGAGGGAAAAAGUCAAAAUUGCACAUUUUUAUCUCACAGUUCUGACUUUAUAACGUGCAGUUGCAAGUUUAUAUCAUGCAAUUCUAAGAAAAAUGUCAGAAUUGUGAGUUUUGAGAAAAAAAAGUAAGAUUUGCGUGAAAAAGUCAGAAUUGAGAGGAAAAUUUUUAUCUCACAAUUCUGACUUUAUAUAAUGAAAAACGUCAGAAUUGCAGGAUAAAAAGUCACAACUACCGUUUUUAUUUUUUAUUCGGUGGCGGAAACAGGCUUCCAUGUGAAUGUGAUCGCACCCUUACAAGAAAUUUGCUUUUCUCUGGAAAUAUGAUGUCAGCCAUGUUUUUGGCAGGUUUUGAUAGUUUUCCUUCUACAAAUCGGUACUUUUAAUGAAACUUGCGAAUAUGCUGGAUGACUGAAUUUUGGUGGAAUACAGUGAUCACGUCGAAGUUCGACAGACAACUUUUAUAAGAGAAUAAGUAUUUAUUUAGGAUUAAUGUUCUACAUUUAUUAGAGUUUAACAGUAAAACAUUUACUCAUUCAUUAUACUUAUGUAGAUCUGUGCAACAACAAAUUCGGUUCAGUCAGGUAUGAGAAGGCCACAAAAGAAAGGACUGUGAAUCACAUCCAAAACAAACGUUAUAGACGAAUACAUGCAGAAUGCCACAAACCUGUGAUGUUAUACAAAAAGGGAGCAGGUAGAGAACAAAAGAGGUGUUGUUUUUUUAUUUAUGUUGUAUAGCGUGAUUCAUACAGUAUUCUGUUCUGUCUAAAUCAUUUUUGGCUUAUGUACAUUAAGCAAAGGUUUAUUAUGUUUCAUAAACAUCUUAUUUGUCUUGUAUAAACACCAUUAUUCUAGUGCUGGAAUGAUUGCCGUCACUCGUUAUUGCUGAGAGAGAAUGAAAAUAAUGGUAGAAAUUGAUGACAGCCUAAACAUAAACCCAAACCUAAAAGCACAGUUUUAUAGAGACAUUUUGCCCGUUUAUACUUGAACCAUAAGCAGACUUUCAAUAUCCCAAAGGAAUUAUGCAUUCGUAAGUUCUUGAGUGAAUAUGAGAGAUUUUGUUUUUUUGCCCAAACAGCAGAAGGCUUUCCUCACCCUCUGUCCUGCAUAAUAGCAGCAUGUCAGCCUGUCAAUAUUUCAUAAACUCCGCUUCAAGCCAAAAAAUGUUGCAUUCAGACAUUUGAGAAUUAAUACACUGUUUCUCCCACACCACCUAUCCUCCUCGCUGUAACCUGAAAGGGAAUUAUCUAUUGUUUUUCUUUAAUGAGGACUUAAAUAGGGCUUCAGAUAGGAAAAACUGGAGAUAGUGGUUUUAGCGCAUUGCUUAAAUGAUGCUGGGAUAAAUAUGUCAUGAAACGGUUCAGCUCGUGCGCUCGUAUGAUUCGGCACUGAUUGGCUUUGGACUGCAUUGGGAUAAUCAGCAAACAGGGGGAGCUUAUAAAUGUCUCUUUAGCUGGCAUAUUGAAUGUGUGUGAAUCAGAGCCAGAACUUUCUAUUUGCGGUUUCACACCACACAUGGUCUAAGGCUUUUAAGGGCCUUUUUAAAAAAGUGCCAACUGGCGUUCGCAGAAACCGGUGAACAAUGCCGCGGAAAGUAUUCGUGAGACACCUCGGGGAGACUUUGAAGGUUAGCUGUCAAAUAAACACAGUUUGCCAUCUUUAAUAUUCAUUAGUGAAAACAUAACCCAUACAGUUCAUUCCUUCAGUGAAAAACGUGUUUGUUUUCUUUUACGUAAUGCAUAUGAGGGAAGUUCGGAGACUGAAAUUGUUCCUUAAUGCACCCGGAAACUUUUUUUUUAAUGCUGUAUCUGUGUGUGUUUUGCUAAAGAAUAUGACCUUUGUGUUUAUUUGCUGCCAUUUUCCUUUUAGAUGAAGGGUUUAUUUUUUUUUCCAAAUGAGUUGUUGGAUGUCCGAAUUAGGGCUGUCAAACGGUACCGGGUUCGGUACUUUCGGUACUGAAGUUUUAAAAACGUCCAUUUCCCGCUCACAUUUGAGCGCUGUUGAGCUGAUUUUGAGACAUAGCUGAUUGGCCAUAGUGUUCACACGCUCAACAGACAUGACUGUGAUUGGCUACAAUGAUAAGCGCUUCACGCUCCUCACCGAGCGCUUACAAAUAACCGUGUAUUUCCACUGGCACGUAGCGAGCAGAGUGGUGUGGGUGUUUUCAAUGCAUUCCUGUGGAAGCUGAGCUUAAACGCUUGCGCAAUGCGUGUACGCUCAACUUCCAUAGGAAUGAAUGGAAAACGCUCCACUCCGCUCCACUCGCUACGCUGUAGUGGAAAUACGGCGCAAGCACAACGGAAGCGUUGGAAAGCCGCGUCUGUCAGCAGAUCAGUCUAUAUGCAGAUGUAUUAGGGAUCCGCUGACACACAUGGCUUUCAAACGCUUACGUUGUGCUUAUUUGUGAGCGCUAGGGCUUGGAAUCAAUUCCAAAAAGAAUCGAUUCCUCGAUUCCGAGGCAUUGGGAAUCGAGAGUCGAUUCCAAAGGUUGGAAUCGAUUCAAUCAAGGGGAAUCGACUCCCCAUUCAGAGCCGUUUUCAGUUCAGCAAAGCUAAUCUAUGGGCGCCUCAAACGAAAGGCUGCAUCAUACGAAGGCUGCAUAUCUCGGCUGCUGUCAUCAAACGUCGCUGCAUGUCGAUUCAUGAAAAUAAACUGAAAAGAGUCAGUACUGAGCUCGUCUGAGUUUAAGGAUGCGCCCUUCCGUUGAGCAUCCAUUAAUUUGCCUAAUAGUGAUUAGAAGUCUGAUUCGUUUCCACGAAAAGUUUCUUUCGGAUAGAUCGUUUUAAUGAACCAGUUCAAAAACGACUCAGAAGUUAUUUUACGGUGGAACUGGGUUAUACUGUUCCCAAUUUUGAGCGCUGCACGACGGAAUAGAUCAUGACGUACUGGAGGGUAUUGAUCCUAUUUCCAUCUUUUAAAAAAAAAUGCUAUUUCUUAACUUUUCUAACAGCCAAUGAUAAUUCUGAAAGAAAACUAGUGUACAGCUUGUUAAUUUUGUGCAAAGCAUACUGUUGAAGUUAACACCAUUGAGCUGAACUGUGCCUUGUUCAGUUCGUGCAAUAAACGCAUGUCCACUGCUGUGCUGUGGGCUGUGACUAAUUUCAUGGGCAGUGCAGUAAAUUACAAUUUAAAUCCAGAAAUUUAUUAUAAUUUUUAAAAAAAAUAAAGCUUCAUAUUAUGAUAAGGCUACUUUCUAAGACAUGUAUAUCCUACACUCAUGGCAAAAUUAGGUUCCUCCAAACUAAAAAAAAAAAAACAAGAAUUGAAAAAGAAUCGAAAACAACAGUGAGGAAUCGAUUCCACAUUCCACCAGCAAUCGGAAUCGGACUCGAUUCCAAAAUUGACUUAUUUGUGAGUGCUAGGCGAGGAGCGUGAAGCGCUUGUCAUUGUAGCCAAUCACAGUCAUGUCUGUUGAGCGCGUGAACACUACGGCCAAUCAGCGAUGUUUAAAAAUCGGCUCAAACGUGAGCGGGAAAUGGACGUUUUUAAAAUUACACUACCGAAAGUACCGAACCGGUACCGUUUGACAGCCCUAGUUCGAAUCAGCUAAAUUGUGUGUGUUUGAGAGUGUGGUUGAGUAAGCAACAAAAAGAGGAAUGUUUUAGGCAAGGCACAAGAUUUUCAACUCGUUGAAAAUGCGUUUACCAGAAUGUGGAAGUCGACUAAUGCAAAAAAUAAAUGUGAACUGUUUGACCGCAAUGUACAUUGAAUUUCUUUUUUUUUUUUUUAAUUCCCAGAUGUGUGGCGUAAUUAGAUAAGCACUGAAGACGUUCAGUGUGUGAGCAUGUGUUUAUAAAUGAGCAGAGUUGCCGGGACUCCAUCGUGUUCGAUAUCAUUUUCACGAUUUUGUUUGUAUGUCGUUAGAUGUGGCUUGUUCGGAUCGCUGAAGUAUUUUAAACUGAUGACAGUUGAGCACUUAACGAGCUUCACUGAAAUAUCUAUUUUUCUGAUCCAUGUUUUUUUGUCCUUGUGCUGCGAAUGAAGGUGAAUGUUUACAUGAUGUAUUUAGUACAGAUUAGUUUCUCUUUGUUUAUAUCUCUUGGUACAAUUUUACAGACGUAUUUCUUUAAUGUGUCAUACACAUUCGUGCUGCUUUCCGAUUAUGAUUGCCUUUUUAAUUACGAAAUGGGGGAGAUAGAAUGUCACCUAGAUAUAGGCCUAUGUAUUCACAAUGACUUUGGUAUACUCUUGAGAAAGUCAGAUGCAAAAAUUGUAGUCAACGUUUUUAGUUAGUGAUGAUAAUGCUCUGAAUUCAGUCCUUUUUGUCCAAAAGGGUCUGCUCACUCCAGUUUACAUGGUCAGUUUUCCAAAGUCAGUUCUCGUUUGUUGUUCAUUUGAAUUAAUGAAAGUACCAAUAGUGUUUUCUUGCACAUUUGGAUACAGUUAAAACAUUUUUGUAUCUGCUGGUAUAAAUUAUGAAUAAAAAAUUAUUCAAAGCUU